AUGCUAAAGCUGCUAGACGCAUUCAGAAAAGACGAUGGCACGCCAAAGUUUCCUUCCGAACUAGAAAAAAACUAUCGGAUAUCCAAGAUUGUCCUCGGUAGAGGCUCGUUUGCCACCGUGAAAGAAUGCACCGACAAGCGUACAGGAAAGAAAUAUGCACUGAAAAUCAUGGAAAAGAAAGCAUUUCGGGGUAAAGAACAAUUGCUGACAACAGAAGUCGACGUUUUGAGACAAGUGAAACAUCCCAACAUUAUAAGCUUACAUGACCUAUACGAAACCAAAGAUGCAAUCUACUUUAUAACUGACCUUGCCAAGGGCGGUGAACUGUUCGAAGAACUUUUGCUUAGAAACUAUUUUUCGGAAAAGGAUGCCGCAAAUCUUAUCAGACAGAUCCUCGACGGUGUCGCAUAUUUGCAUGACUUGGAAAUCGUCCAUCGAGACCUCAAACCCGAAAAUCUCUUGUUUAGAGACAAGAGCAUCGAUUCGAACAUUAUGAUUACUGAUUUUGGAUUGUCGAAAAUUCUACGGCAUAGAAAUGAUAUCCUCACGACAGCAUGCGGGACACCGGGAUAUGUGGCCCCGGAAGUACUGUUACAAGUCGGACAUGGCAAGCCAGUAGAUUUAUGGAGUAUGGGCGUCAUUACGUAUGCAUUGCUCUCUGGAAGGCCGCCGUUUUAUGGUGAAACGCAGGGAGAGCUGUUUGAUGCCAUUAUUGACGGAUCGUAUGACUUUGACGACAGCAUAUGGUCAGAUGUAUCCAAAGAAGCCAAGGACUUUAUUGCAAAACUCUUAGCCUACGAUCCUAUAAAACGAAUGACAGCAAGAAAAGCUCUUCUUCAUCCGUGGCUCUCCGGUGCGACCAAUGAUGUCAAUCUUAUUUCUGCCACUCGGCCCAACUUUUCCGCCAGGGCUAUGUUUAGGAAAGCUGUGAACGUCGUUCAGGGUGUUAAUCGAUUGCAGAAAGGUGUGAAUAGUAAUGAGGAUAUGGAGGGAGGAAAAGCAGAUGAAAGAGAGGAAAGCAAGGGAUCGGUUGUUACUGAAGAAUCAAUUGAGGCAAGGGAUGAUGAUACGCCAGCUAAGAAGUAA